UUUUGGUCUGAAAAAUGAGCCAAAGCUGCCAGCUGAGUAAAAUUGGCAGCGUAACGCAGAGAGAAUGAGUGAGAGAAUCCGGUAGAAGAGAGCAAGCACGCCAUCGUGAUUUUCGAUGAGGAAGAGAGCACCGCGAAGAACCCAAAAGCCAGAAGAAGAAUUGCAGACCCGAAACCUCCACCCAAUCUCUUCGUCUUCAGCUCCAAUUCUUCCUCCUGGCUCCGCACGCGAGGAGCAGCGGCGGCGGUAACAUGUGCCGGCAGGAGGAGCGGGUGCGGAUGUCGUCGGAGGAAGAAAUUGCGGCGGAGGAGAGCCUCUCUGUCUAUUGCAAGCCUGUCGAGUUCUACAACAUUCUCCAACGCCGCGCUAUUAGAAAUCCAGCGUUUCUUCAGAGAUGUUUGAGCUACAAAAUAGAAGCCAAACACAAAAGGAGGAUACAAAUGACGGUUUCCAUUUCGAUGAAUGAGAUGGAAGGUCUACAAACCCAGAAUCUCUUUCCUUUGUAUGUGUUUUUAGCCAGACUAGUUCCUGAUGUUGCGGUUCCAGAGUAUUCUGCUACAUAUCGAUUCAGUCGAGCUUGCAUGUUAAGUAAUUCCACUGGGGUUGAUGGGAGUAGUCAACUGCAAGCAAAUUUUAUUCUGCCCGACAUUAAUAAGCUAACAUUGGAGGCUAAAUCUGGCUCCCUUGCAAUCUUGCUCGUCAGCUUUGUGGGAGCUCAAAACCCAUUUCGUGGAAUCAAUUUAUCCAAGGGUCCUGUGGAUAUGUCUUUUUUCCCUUCAAAUGCAGGAGGAUAUUGUCUAUGGAGCAAGAUACCACUUGAAUUACUUUAUAUCUCUUGGGAGAAUUCUCCUAAUUUUGGUUUGGGACAGAGAGCUGAGAUGAUUUCAACGAUUGACAUGCGCUCUUGCUUCUUGAAGUUGAGCUGUUUAAAUGAGGACAAGUGCCUUAUGAUUGCAACUCCCCAUAAUCCCGAAACUGUUGUCAUUUCUCAGCUAGUGCAGGUCACCAUUUCUGCAGAGGAGUAUGGUGCGAGGGAAAAAUCUCCUUAUAAUAGUACAUACAUAUGUAGUGACAUUCCUUCUUCAUCAUUGCCUCAUAUCAUUCGGUUAAGGGCAGGAAAUGUGAUUUUUAAUUAUAGAUACUACAACAAUACAUUGCAAAGGACAGAAGUAACUGAAGACUUUUCUUGUCCAUUUUGCUUGGUUAGGUGUGCAAGCUUCAAGGGUCUGAGACAUCAUUUGUUCUCAUCACAUGAUCUCUUCAACUUUGAAUUUUGGGUAACUGAAGAGUAUCAAGCUGUAAAUGUGUCUGUGAAAACUAAUAAUUGGAGAUCAGAGAUUGUUGCUGGUGGUGUUGAUCCUAAGUUACAAGCAUUCUCCUUUUGCUCAAAGCCACUUAGACGCAGAAGACCCAAGGGCCUAUAUCAAAAUGCAAAGCACGUGCAUCCUCAUGUAUUAGAGUCUGAGUUGCCUGCAGGACUCUGUGAGCUUCUGGACAAGGCUGAUGAUGCUCAUUCUAGUAGAGGUGAUAAGGCUAGAAUAUCUGGUAGGAGUAAUUUGCUGAAUGUUACGGAUGGUGUUGCUGUCUCUGCAAUUUGUUUCAUCCAGCUUUUUACUGUUGCAGGGGUUUCAAGCUCCACGCCACAGUCAUAUGGUGAUCCUGGUUGUGUUCAAUCAGUAUCGGGAAACAAUUUUGCAACUCCUGCAAUGCUUGUGUUUGCAAAGACAAGAAAGUUAUCUGUUGAGCGCCCAGACCCUAGAAACUGUGCCCUCCUGCGGAAGCGAAAGUUCUUUCACUCACAUAGGGCCCAGCCGAUGAUGUUGGAACAAGUUUUGUCAGAUCAGGAUAGUGAGGAUGAGGUUGAUGAUGAUGUUGCUGAUCUUGAAGAUCGAAGGAUGCUUGAUGAUUUCGUUGAUGUGACUAAAGAUGAGAAGAAAAUGAUGCAUAUGUGGAACUCCUUCGUGAGGAAGCAACAGGUAUUGGCUGAUGGUCAUAUUCCUUGGGGGUGCGAGGCAUUUUCGAGGUUGCACGGGCAAGAUCUUGUCAAAUCCCCUGCUCUGAUAUGGUGUUGGAGAUUAUUUAUGCUCAAAUUGUGGAAUCACGGUCUCCUUGACGCACUGACCAUGAACAGCUGUAACAUAAUUCUUGAACAAUGUCAAAGCCCGGCCUCGGAACCCCAAAGUUGAACGAGAUUAUUUUGUUGCCGCCAUUUUGUAUUAUGUUUGCUUAUUUCAUAGUUGGGCUGAAAGAUUUUUCCAUGCCUAUUGCCUUUGUUGUAAUGAGCUGUGCGAUUUUCCAGAUGAAUGUAGGAACUGUACUAUAUGUAUCCAUGUAUCCUAACAUGAGAGAAAACACAGCAAAGAUAUUCCAAUAAAUGUCUUAAAAAAUUUUAAGUUCUUUCUUAA